CAGCCGGCAAAUCAUGGCUGAUAAUCAUUCGUCGGUAAAACCAACAUUUCGCUUCUCUCCUAGUGAUCACACCGCACUCUGGCUGACCACUGUGGUUUAUUACCGAAUUAAAUAAAUCUUUCUUUCAAUAAACUGAUCCCCAUGACGAUUACAACACGUCUCAUCUUCAAUAUCAAUAAUAAACUAAAAAUUAACAUAUGUGAUACAUUUUUUAUACAUAGCAACGAAGAAACUUAAACGGAAAAACGAAAGGUAGCCCAAUAACAUCAACUCCACCAUCUCAGAACCUUCGCUUCAAUGGCCAAUCCUCGGCAUCUGUCUCGUUCCGUUCUACUGUCGCUCAUCGGAUCUCACUACCCCAUUCCCGAUUGUAAAAUUCGCCGCUAAGUCCUGGCAGACGUACCAAGGGCUGUUCGAAAAUCAUCCCCCAAACACUAAAAAAUUCAAGGCCCUCACUAGUCCCAAAUUGCACCAGUUCAAGCCCCGUCAGCAGUGAUAUCCCCUCAAAAACAUUUGUUUUUUCAUCAUCAAAUAGUUAUCACAAGAAUUUGAUUAAACUUCGAGACUUCACUCGACGCAACAAUCAUCUCCAGGAGCAUUCCACCUUGAUGGAAUCCCCGAGGAUAGCCAAUUCCAAGGCAUCUUGGAGAGUGUAAAAAUGGCGAGGAGGAGAAAAAGUGAUGGCAAUUCCCCUGGCAAGCCAGUUAACCCAGUGGCUGUUCGUAAAUCGACUCGUCAGAUCGCUAGGAAACAGUCGAUUGACGGAAAGAAGCUCAAUGGUGAGGUGACACAUGUAGAGGUCCAAAGUGCCCCUGAGGAGCCCUCCAAACCGCCUGAAGUGGUGGUCAAACGAAAGAGAGGAAGACCACCGAAAGAGCCCAAAAAUAUAGUUCAAAAAUCCAAAAAUGUGGUUCAAGAGGAAGUUAUAUUCCCUGAAGAUGUUAACAAUGUUGUGAAUGAAGACGUUGGUUUGGAAACUGUUCAAAGUUCAGUGAAAAAUGAUGAAAGUGAUUCUACGGAUGCUAGAGACGUUGAGAUCAUUCCAGUAGAAGCAUCCUUAGGUGAGCAGGAUCCAAUUGCAAUUGAUGAACAAGUGAUACCUCAGGAUAAUGAAACACCACCACCAGAUGGUCAAACAUCACUGCAGGAUGAUUCAGUGCUUGAGAAAGUUGAUUCAGAGAAUGAUUUGGACAUGAAGGAGGAGCCUGAACCCCACGAGAUGAUCCUGGAAAACUCUCAGGAUGUCCCUCCCACAGAGGAGUCUUGGACUGCUGAGGAGGUUAUCGAGGAGACGAUCAUCUGUCAGGAAAUGGAGGUGGAAACCGAAGAAAUUGAACAUACUGAUUACGUCGAGGAUGAAUCUAAUGUCGUUCUGGAACAGGUUCUUCUUAUGGAGGAGCCUCAUUUCGAGGGCGAUAAUGUAGUGUAUGUGAUUCAGAACGAGGAUGGCACGGCUAUGGUGAUGGAGACCCCUGAGACAGACCCUGGUGAGGAUAAUUAUCAGGACACCAGUGAAUAUCAAGUUAUAGAAGAGGGAGUUGAGUGUUUACGUGUCGAAGAUCCUUUAACAAGUACUAAUUGUGACGAAAUAAUUGAAAGUGAAGUGAAAACAGAAAUUAGUGAGGAGUCUGGGGGCUCUCGAGAUCAUACUGACCCAGAAAAAUCGGUGAGUUGUCUUGUAGAGAAUGAAAAAAUCGAGAAAAUGAUCGUUGACGAGGCUGUAAUUGUCGAGGAAUCCCUUGAAGUGUCUGAGGAACAUAUUUGUACUGACAAUCCUGAUAAUAAUCCCUCCUCCAACGGUUUAUCCCCUCAACAUCUUCCGGAGGCCCCUAGGAAGAUCGAAAGAAGGCAAAGCCCAAGAGCUGCCAAGGCAAAAUUGAAGAAACCGCAGAAUUCGAAUUUUAAAUCAGAAGAACCUGCACUGCUCCCUGAUAAAACAGAUAAUUGUCAAUCUGUGGAUGUCUUGGAGGAUUCCGGCAGUUCUAACCUGGAUUCAGCCUCUACGAACCCCAGUACCUCCCCCUCAGAGCCUUUAAAAUCUCCGCAGACUGAAGAAACUCUCGACCAAUCACCCGAGACCAAUGUACUGAUGGAUUCCCUGACGACAACUCCCAUAGAAGACUCAGACAAUAGCAAUGGGACCUCAACAAGAUCUUCAACACCAAGUGCCAAAGCCUCAAAAGCUUCCGAGCCCCUCGAAGAGUUAUCUCGAGAGAGUGAACCAGAAUUGAAACCUUUCGAGGAUCAAAAAUUCUUAUCGAGCAGUGAAAACAGCAACGACACAGUCACUCUAAAAUGUCAGGAGGAAAAACCCUCAGGAGAAGACCCUGAGAAGAAGCUUUUCAGAUCGAGAAGCGGUAGCACUGACACCACAGGCUCUGAGUCUGGGUCCAAUAGCUCAGGGGUUCGUCGAAGCAAUAGGAUUCGUUCCCAAGGAUUAAUGAAGGUACGUCCACGAGGUAGGGGUCUAGUCACCAAGCCCAUCGCAGAUGUCACCAAAGCCCUUCAACAGGAACGAGAGAAACUCCAGCCAGCUUCAACUCCAGACAGUCAAUCAGAGACACAAUCAGAUAAAGAGAAUAGCACCAAGUCACUUCCUUCGGAUGUAAAUGCUCCCCUGACUCCUGUGACACCAGGAUAUGACUCAGACUCGACGAAACCGGUUAAAGUGAAGUCGAGAUGGCGAAGGUCGAGUGAACUGGAAAUGGGGGGUAACACAUCGCGACUGGGGUUCAACUCAGUUCUUAACUCAUCGACAUCGGCACCAAAUGUCGAGGCUCUCCCCUCAGUUCCAGAGAACUCAGUAUCAAGUAGCUCGGUAUCCAGUGAAUCAGAGUCAGUGAAAGAGUCCCGAAACUCGUCUCCAGUGCCUAAACCCCUUCAGCUGGCGGCCGUACCUGAGGAGGCCGAUCCAGAGCUGGAGGGGCGUCUCAGCCAGUUUGAGAUAAUCAAGGAGAAUCUUUACUUGACCGAGCGGUACACCAAUAAAGAAACCAAAAGAAUGACUUGCGAUUGUUUCCUGACGGAGGAGGAGCUCGAGAGAGGUGAGAUGGGCUGCGGAGAGGACUGUCUCAAUCGUCUGCUGAUGAUCGAGUGCGGCCCGCGCUGUAACAUCAACGACAGGUGCACCAACAAGCGAUUUCAGAACUGUGACUACGCUAAGUGUGAAGUCUUCAGAACUGAGAAGAAGGGGCUUGGAUUGCGAGCUGUGCAGGACCUGGAACCUGGUGAAUUCAUUAUGGAGUACGUCGGUGAGGUUCUGGAUCCCAGGGAUUUCAGGAGACGAGCAAAGGAGUAUUCCAAAGACAAGAACCAGCACUAUUAUUUCAUGGCUCUUAAAUCUGAUCAGAUUAUUGAUGCAACGAUAAAGGGAAAUAUUUCAAGAUUUAUAAAUCACAGCUGUGAUCCCAACGCAGAGACUCAGAAGUGGACGGUGAAUGGAGAAUUGAGGAUAGGAUUUUUCAACCGGAGAUUUGUCGCUGCUGGUGAGGAGAUAACCUUUGACUACCACUUUCAGAGGUAUGGAAAAGAGGCGCAGAAGUGCUACUGCGAGGCUGCCACCUGCAGAGGCUGGAUCGGUGAUACUCCUGAUGAGGAGCAGGAGAAAACUGAGAAGAAGGAGAAACGUGAGAGGGAGGACAAGAAGAAGAAACGGGAGGUGAAGAAGUCUUACAUGGAGGAUGAAGACUUGGAAGAGGAGAUUGACAAGCUCUGCAGCUGUGGUUUGAAAAAUCGAAAUCAUACUUUGACACUGAGCAGGUUGAUGGUGAGGUCUAGGGAGAUGCAUCAUAGAAGCCGAUUACUGAAAGUUCUGCAGUCUGGGGUGGAGGCCUGCAGGAGACUCUUCCUGGAUUACCAUGGGUUGAGAUUGAUCUGGAGCUACAUGACGGAUGUCGCUGCAAUUAAGGGUGGAGAAGCCCAGGUUUUCAGGCUGGAGCUUGUGAAAACGCUGAAUACACUGCCAAUACCGAAUAAGACAAUGCUAAUGGAUAGUAAGGUGUUUGGGGUUGUUGAGAAGUGGUCACAGGAGAUUAUCGAGAGCUCACCAAAGUCAGAAUCACCGAGUGAUGAGACAAACAAACCGAAGACCGAGGAUGAAGUGGAGAGCAACUGUGAUAGCAACGAUAAGAGUGUGGAGAGCAAAGGAAGUGGGAAAGAUUCACCGAUUGAAAAGGAUGGAGAGGGCCAGGGGAGUCCUGCAGAGUCUGACAAUAUCAGAAUGAUCAUUGAUCUUGCUCUGGAAUUAUUGACAAAGUGGUCGUCCUUGAAGGAGGUCUUCAGAAUACCAAAGAAGGAGAGAAUCGAGCAGAUGAAGGAGCAUGAACGAGAGGCUGAUAUCGGUUAUAAAGAGGAUACCCAGAAGGAAGAGAGAAGAGUCUCAUCGGGGUAUGACAGACGUUCCUCUGGCUAUGACAGGAGGGAUCGACGCAGAGGACGUGAAAGCCCUGAUUCUGAAUCUUACAGGAAUAAAGAUAAAGAGAGGUCCAACCUGGUGCCAGUUCGUAGGCUAACCAAGUACGAGAGGAGACAGCUCUUUGCGAUGAAGGUUGCUAAGGAGGAAGAAGAGAGGAUGAGGAGACAACAGCAAGAGGCCUUUCAACAUCACGAAUCCAAGUGCGUUGCCCUGGGAUUAGAUCCCAUCGCCACUCCAGUGAUUGACCCCAACACUGGAUAUCCCUUGUUCUUCAAUCCUAACUUGGGACAAUGGCAGGCAUAUCCUGUGCAUGAAGGAGAGGCCAGUGGGCACGAUCAGAUGCACUUGGGACACAGCCAGAUGCAUAUGGGACAGAGUCCUGGGGGAAUGGGGCCGGGAAUUAAUCAUAAUGUUCAUGGGAGUGUUCACCAGGUGCCUGGCAUGCCUCCGGAUAUUUCUCCAAGUAUUUCUUCAUCGGUUUAUGGACCAGGAAUGCCUACUGGGUUCCCCCCACCUGGAGUAUCCUAUCCUACGAUGUCUCAAGCUCAGGGACAAUUCGUCGAUGGACAUCUCCAGAUGCAGAAUAAUCUCAUGUCUGUACACAAUGGCACACCACCUACUGGUACAGGGGUUUCCAGGGCGUUCGUUGAGGAUAGUGCGAACGAGGGGGUUCCUGGGAAUGUUCUCACUGCCACACCAAUGGAGACUGUUGGGGAGGAAGAGGGGGGGACAGUUCAACCAGAUAUUCCGCCAUUAGAUUUACCCCCAAAAUGGAAAUGUGCGAAGGACCCCAGGGGGAGGUACUACUAUUAUCAUGUGAAGGAGAGGGUUUCACAGUGGCUACCACCACCCCCGACACACAUUGGGAUACAACCUGAGACGUCCUCCAGCGAAGAGUCUACUGAGGAGAGCAGCUCGAGCGACGAGGACGACGACGAGGAGGAGGAUGAGUGGGAUGAUGGCGAGGUGGUUAAGGUGGUGGAGGGAGAGAGAAACAAAUCGAGGGAUCCGAGAAUCGCCGGGGCUGGGCCAGAGGCCAAGAAACGACGGGAUGGACUUGUCCAGGAGAGGAUCAUCAGUCCGCGAAGAGAAGAAAACCGAGUGGACCAUAAGAAGUAUAAAGAUAUUAAAGAUAAACUCCGACGUCAGAAGGAACGGGGCAAACUCAAGGAGCACAUUGACAAAAUGAGAAAACAUCGAAGAGCCAAUAAAGCAAAGUCACAGGCCAGACAUACAGCUAUUAAGUUGCAAGCCAUUGCACAGUCCAAUGAACUUACCGCUGAGAGGAAGAUUAAAGACAGUUUUAGAGUCAAUAUGGCCACAGUUAUCGUCAAGUUCUUGAAUCCUUACAGGCAAAAUGACUGCAAGCAAGGGAGAAUUACGAAUACUGAGGAUUUCAAGUACUUGGCGAGAAAGCUCACUCACUUCGUAAUGGCAAAGGAACUGAAACAUUGCAAAAGUGUUGACGAGUUACAGUGCAACGAGAAUGUUAAACACAAAGCUAAAGACUUUGUGCGUAAAUACAUGAGCAAGUUUGGCCCGGUCUACCAGCGAUCUUCAGAUGAUGAUUAAUACAACAAUCAUGUAAUUAGUGAAAAGGAAAACAAUCAUUACGAUCCAGCCAAGAGAUAGGGUUCAACCGAGUGAGGGAGAGAGAGUGUGUAUAAAGUUCGUUUAUAGAGUUUAUAUGUAGAUAAAUUAUCGUUCGAGUUUUAGACAUAAAUACUGAAGUAAUUGAUAUUUUUCCAAACGUGAUAAUCUCACCCAUCAUUAGGAAAAUUUUAAUUAUUUUUAAGAGGAAUGUCGUUUCCGUUUUCUAUGUUGAAUUUUUUUUCUUUUGUAUAAAUGGCAGAAUUACCCUAGGAAUGGAGGGUAAUUUGUUUUUUUACGAUUUCUGAAUUGUUCUUCACCUUAUUUUUCCAAUGAUAACGGACGUAUUGCUCACGAAUCUACCACUGGAUAUUCCGUGAACAUGAUUAUUUCGAAUGAACUCAUGUGAGGCAGGCGAUCCAUCUAGCUAAUAUUCAAGUUUAAUAUCGUUGUUAAUGAUUAAGACUUGAAAUUUAUUGUGCUCUUUGCAGAUAAUGUAAAUACAGUAUAAUAUAGCCAAGUUUACACAACA